UUUUCGAAGGGGGAGCGGAUUAAAAUGAUUUCAACCAUGCUAAUCAAGCUUUCUAUAAUUUGUUUCUUCUUAACAAGAAAUUGAAGGCUAGAGGAAGUUUUCGCAAGAACGAAUGAGAUGUAGAGCCAAUGUUAUAGUGAAUCUACGACCAGCUUUAGGGCUCCAAGCUGUAGCUGAUAUGAUUGAGAAGAAUGCCGUAGUAAUACAAGGAAAUUGUCUUGGCUUUGUCUUAAUUCCCCUAACUAUAGCCCAAUUAGAGAAUCCCUUGGAUUAUGUCCACAAAGCGAAGACAUCAAUGGAUCGAAAGAAGCAUUCCCUUGAGUCUCAAUGCAUCUUUUACGCUUCACAGCUUUUGCUCAAGUUCUUUGGCUUUAAGGGUUCGACAAAACUUUCUCAAAGAGCUCCCUCCCAAACCACACCAACCUUUUCAAACGUAGUCGGUCCGAUUGAAGAAGUUUCUUGCUCAGGCCAUCAAUUGGCAUUCCUUGCCCCAACAUGCUAUGGCUAUCCCACUGGCUUACUGGUUCAUGUGUGUAGCUAUGCCAAGAAGUUAACAUUUACUAUAGCCGUUGAAGAAGGAAUAAUUCCAGAUCCAAACCAGCUUGGUGAUGAUUUUGUCCAUUCAUUCAUGCUUAUCAAAGAGGCUGCCCUCGCAAAAUUGAGAAUCAAGGUUGACUAGCUCAUUACACAUUUGAAAGCCCCCAAUAAAACUUAAAACUUGGUCUUUAUGUGAUGAUCAUUGACGAGUACAUUUAUGAUAUGUAAUUUAUUGCUGGAAAUAUUAUAUUUGGUUAUAUAAUAUUGUCGUAACAUUGUCAUGAAGUAAAAUUAUUAUCCUUGUG